UGCUCCAAGCGGCGCCGACGCUUUGUCGUAGAGGAAUUUCAUCAUCAGCAACAACGAUUCCCAUUUUCCACCCCGACUCGGGUCCAUCAUCUGUGCUCUGCAAGUGUAUCCUUUCGACCUCUUGCAGUCGUGUUCUCUUAGUUCUACUUGAAGAAGCUCACCAAUCAACGACAGGAAAAAUGAAAGUUGCCAUCUGCCUACUCGCGGUCGUUGCUGUGGCCCUGGCUGCCCCUCAGGAGCGCGAUGGAGCUGCCCUGACGAACGAAGCCAUCCGACAGGCCCAAUCCCAGCAGCUAAUUCCCCGCGAUGCCACCAUCCAGGGAGUCCAGGAGGGCAUCCAGGUGGCAGCCAUUGAAUCCAUCCCCGGCAAUCAGCGUGUCGAUCUGUUCCAGCUGCUCGGCGAUCAGGUCCCACGGGAAGUGAUCAGCAAUCUGCAGUCGCAGGUUGACCAGGUCGGACAAAACUAAACACGAGAACGUAGCGAAAUGACAAUUUGCCAGUAAGCAAAAGGACAACAUGCGAAAACAUGUGGACAGUACGGAAUGUUUCGAUUCUAAACCAACGGCAUCACUACAAAUCGUUUUAGAGUAUGAUUUUUGUUUCUCUCUUCGAAGUAAUCGGCUGGUAGAAAAUACACUUGUUAUUCUUCCACGAUAGUGCCAAUAAUCUUUUUGCGAAUGUACUCCAAAAAGAUGCGUUUAAGUUUUACUAGUAUAGGUAUUGAAGAUUAAAGAUUUUUUCACAAACCACAACAAAACCAAA